GCCAAGUGAGGGAAAUACCCUCAGGCCCACGAUUUGAAUCACUUUGUUCAUCAAUUUAUCUGUUUGUAUUUAGCCUUGGGGGAACUGGACUGGGCGAUUCAGGAGUGAAACUGGUGUCUGCGGCUGCGAGGAACCCGGAGUGUAAAAUACAGAAACUGGUGCUGCACAAUUUUGGUCUGAUAUAUUCUGGUGCCGAGGAUCUCGCCUCUGCUCUCAGAUCAAAUCCAUCACUGAUGGAGCUGGACCUGAGUUAUAAUAAACUGGGAGAUUCAGGAGUGAAACUGGUGUCUGCAGCUCUGAAGAACCCGGAGUGUAAAAUACAGAAACUGUGGCUGUGGGAUGUCGGUCUCACAGAUUCUGGUGCCGAGGAUCUCUCCUCCGCUCUCAGUACAAACCCAUCACUGACGGAGCUGAAUCUGAGUGAAAAUAAACUGGGAGAUUCAGGAGUGAAACUGGUGUCUGCGGCUCUGAGGAACCCGGAGUGUAAAAUACAGAAACUGGUGCUGGAAAAUGUCAGUCUCACAGAUUCUGGUGUCGAUGAUCUCGUCUCCUCUCUCAGUGCAAACCCAUUACUGAUGGAUCUGUACCUGGGAUCAAACUCGCUUACAGACCGAUCUGUCCCCUCUCUCCUCCUCCUCAUACUGACCCUCCCAAGUCUGGAGUGGAUGGGGCUGGGGGGUAAUCGGUUCAGUGAGACCGGGGAGAAGGAAAUGGGCUCACUGCAGGGAGCGAGACCCGGACUGACAGUGCAGAUCUGAACAUUUGAAUGUGUGAACAUCCUGGCCCACGGGAGGGGGACAUUUAGCCGAUUUCCCGCUGUCCACUUUAACUCCCCGUUCACCUUUAAUGUCAGCGCGCUGGGGGUAAUUCCCAGCGGUUUUAACGGAAUCGGCCCCAGUCUCGAGCUCAGUAACAUCGGAAGCGGUCCCGCAUUCACGUAUUUCCGCCUGCUGUCCAGCGGUGCAGCUUCUGCCCGAUUGCGUGUUCGAGUCUCCCCACAUGAGACCCCGGGAAAUUACACAGACAGGAGGAGCCGGGGUGUGGGGGGACCGGGAUUCAAUCUGGUACACCGGUAUCCCGGGGUAGAAUAAUCCUGGGAGAGAAUUCUUUUGCUCCCUUUGCUGAGGACAGUGCAUUCAGCAGCCUGGCCGAUAUAAUGAUGUUAAAUUGACAAAUCCCUCGUCAGUGACCCUGGAUCUGCAGCGAUCUCGGACACGGUCCUGAAGUGUGAUUUUAUAAUCAUCGGUUCCCCGAUGAAGAGUGACGGUGAGAAACGGGACUGAUUAUUCAAACUGUCACUCCUUGUCGCCGGUCAGUUAAUUGUGUGUGACUGUGAGUGAGUCGGGAGCAGCUUAUUUAUUCCCGCACGUCAGCAGCUCACACAUUGUUUCAUUUAUAUUUGUCAUGAUGAAAUCAAUAAACUGAUGUAACUUUC